AUGGAAACAAAAAGUGGUUCGAAAAGCAAUCUCGGUUUGAAUGAGUCAGCCGUUCCUCUCUUAGAGGAGAAGGAGACUAAAGAGGUUCCGGAAAACAUUGAAAUGGACAACAAAAACGACAAUAACGACCAGAAGAAGGACAACACCAACAACAAAGACUCGAAAGACAAGAAGAAGAAGGAAAAGAAGGAGAAAGUGAAGAAAGAAACGGCCAAACGUUCGUUGGAUAUCUGUACUCAAAAUUUCACAUUUGGAUUGAAUGUAUUGGACAGAGACGAGAAGAAAGUGAACGAUCACAUCAAUAUUUUGUUUGAAGAUGUGAUCGGAGAACCGGAUCCCACUCAUGGCUUUGAGUUUAUUUGGCGUUUAACUUAUCUGUUGUUCAACGCGACCCGAUUCUGGUUGUAUCGCAUCAUUGCUGCCAUCAUUGCUAUCCCUUUGGCACUUCUUUGGGCCGUUAUCUUUGCGUUCAUCAAUUUGACAACCAUUUGGUUCUUUACACCACUCUUACGCAUCUUCGACAUCACUCUUCAUUAUAUACACAGAGUGUGGAGUGGAAUCAUUCGUUGUGUUUUGGAUCCAUUCUUCACUUCUGGUGCUCUUUUGUUCGCAAAUCGUCGUCAAAACGGAAACAUCGAUUCGAGCGCUGCCUGACUCUCACCACUAAUACAUACAAAACCUGAC